AACGACUUCCUGUGUAUGUCGUCGUGUUUUGUGGCGCCCCCUUUUGGUGAGGAUUCGCACACGUCGCCCCCACUUGCCUCCAUCCCAGCAGCAGAAGAGACAGGAGAGCUGGCGAGCAGCUGCCUGUAUCUUAUUCUCGACAAUGGACAGCUGCUAGGCGGGCAACAGCGUGAGCAGCUCACUCCCCUCUUCACUCCAGUGAAUCUCGGCUGGACCAUGCAGUGUUGUCGGCUGUGGGUGGCCAUAUGCCUCCUCCUCAACGUCUCCUGUCGCUUCAGUUUGGCUGCCCGACACGGUUGCUUAUUUGCGAAGAAGCUUUGUACCAGAGAUGAGCUGUGCAGCGAUGAUGGUUUGUUUGGACAGUGCUGGGCUCCUCACCACGAUCCGGUCCAGUAUUUGGUUUCUCUUCCUGCUCUGCAUAAGCUGCAGGAGGUUCUUAAAGACCUGAUGGCUCAAGGCAUGACCUGGAGGGAUGGGAUCACCCAGGCGACAAUCGGACGAGAGUUGAGUCACAUUCCCUCAAUUAGGUCCUCACAGCUUCACCAGCGCAAUCAGCUGCUCAGUCAGCGAAGGUUUCCGAGACCAGAAGAGGCAGGCGACCCGCAAAAAAUACAACAGCACAUAGACUACCAGGUACUCGACCCCUCUUCGUCCUCGAUACAUGGGCAGAUGCCCCUGCCGGAGCCGUACAUUUACCAACAGGAUGAGGCAGAACGAUCCCUCAACUCCCUGGAAGAAAAUCCAACCUCCCCAUUCGUCCGCUACUCGUCUCCUCGCACCGGAUCCAGAGGAAAGGCUCUGGAGAGAGACAAGCAACUUCUCCGGAACUUGGUGUCCUAUUACCUCACCUUUCCACCCUCCUCUUACUCCUCCUCCUCCUCCACUGUCCAGCCUGCUUCCCGUUACAGGGGGGCACCUGCGGAAUCUUUUGCAUUAGCCUCCUCCUUGCCAGAGCUUGACUUCCCGCGAGACUAUGACCAAGACUACAUUUCCCAAAUCGAAGGUAUUAGCAAGCAGCCGCUGAGCAACGUGGUGCCGAAGUAUGAUGCUCUCGCAGGAUUAGACGCGCGUUCUGUGCAGCGUCUGACUCAGUUGCUGGAUCACUAUGGCCUGGAAGUCCAAGAUUUGUCCCCUGAGCAGAGAGACAAACUGCCAGCUUUGCUCAAGCAGCUUCAGCUCGAAAGCUCCUUCAGCCACAAAGCAACCAAAGAAAACUCUGGGAAAAAUGUCAGCACCGGAAAGAAGAUCACAGAGGGUGUUAUGGAGCACAAAAUGGCUGCCCCAGACGGUCUGCCAAUCAUAAAGUCUUCCAAACCAGUGGAGGUCCAAAAGGAUACUCACUUUGCAAUGGUGGGCAAACUGGAAAAGAACAUACCCGAAAAAGUGUUCGCUCCAGUGAGAACCUACGAGACCAAACCAAACUUAAUGAACCUGUCGGGGAAAGAAGUUCCAGAUAAGAGCAUCCUGGAGCCUGAGACAAGCACGAAGAUUCUGCAGAACAGCGACGGCCAGCGAGUGAAGAAUGAUGGCAAAGUGUUGCCCCUGGCUACCCGAGUCCAGCCUGACUCUCGCUGGCUUUCCUCUACCCUGGUGGCUUUGGCUUGCAUCGGUGGCAUCCUGGUGGCGGGCCUAAGCGUCACCUGCUUGCGUCGCCACGCCCAGCGAAUGGCGGCCAAGAAGCUGGGCCUCGGGGCUGAGGGUGGAAGCUUCAGUCACCAGGAGUACCAGGACCUGUGUCGCCAGCAUAUGACAUCCAAGGGUGCCUUCGGACGCCUGGAAGCCGCCGCCCUGGGCGCCGUCGGGGGGCCGAGCGGAGGAGGAGCAGCGGCUGGGGCCGGGAGAGGGCCCGGAGCAGUUGGGGGCGCCGACUCAAGAGUGAGCAGCAUGUCGUCCCAGUUCAGCGACGGAGCCCAGCCCAGUCCCAGCUCCCACAGCAGCACGCCGUCAUGGUGCGAGGAGCCUGCACAGGCCAACCUGGACAUUUCCACCGGCCACAUGAUUCUGGCAUACAUGGAGGACCACCUGAGCAACAAAGACCGUCUGUUGAAGGAGUGGGAGCUUUUGUGUUCCUACCAGGCAGAGCCCAGCAGCGUUACUGUGGCUCAGAGCGAGCUGAACACCAAAAAGAACCGCUUUCACCACUCGCUGCCCUGUGAGCCCCAGCAACAGUUUUUGGAUUAUCACACUGCUAUGUGCAGCAUGUCAGAAAUACUUCCUAUGUUGGUUCUCCUAGAUGAUCAUACCAGGGUGAAGCUUAAACCAGAGAUCAACCCUUCUCGGUCCGACUACAUCAACGCCAGCACCAUCAUUGAACAUGACCCUCGGUUGCCGGCCUAUAUCGCCACCCAGGGACCCCUGUCCCACACCAUCUCUGACUUCUGGCAGAUGGUGUGGGAGACGGGCUGCACGGUGAUCGUCAUGAUGACAGCUCUGGUGGAGGAGGGAGAGAAACAAUGUGACCGCUACUGGCCAGAUGAAGGUUCCUCGCUCUACCAUAUUUAUGAGGUGAACCUGGUGUCUGAGCACAUCUGGUGCAACGACUUCCUGGUGCGGAGCUUCUACCUGAAAAAUGUUCAGACGCAAGAGACCCGAACCCUGACUCAGUUCCACUUCCUCAGUUGGCCUGCUAAUGGGAUCCCCGCCUCCACACGCCCUCUACUGGACUUCCGCAGGAAGGUGAAUAAAUGCUACCGAGGACGCGCAUGCCCUAUCAUCAUCCACUGCAGUAACGGAACAGGUCGGACUGGGACUUACAUCUUGAUCGACAUGGUUCUAAAUCGAAUGGCUAAAGGUGUGAAGGAAAUGGACAUCGCUGCGACUCUGGAGCACAUUCGUGACCAGAGGCCUGGAAUGGUUCGCACGAAGGACCAGUUUGAAUUUGCCCUGACUGCUGUGGCUGAGGAGGUGAAUGCCGUCCUGAAAGCGCAGCCUCAGUAAAGUGGUACCAAAUGUCUGUCUAAUGACCUCUAACCUCCUUUUCUCUCUUGAUUGCCUUUUGCCUUGAAAGUUAACAGUGAUGUCUCACCAUGAAAAAUAAAGCACUCUGUAAAUGUAUCCUUUGGGAAGGAUUUGUACAGGCUUACAGCCAUAACCCACGUUUAAUUGUGUGGGAUGUAUUUGCCAUAUAUAAAAACAUAUCUGCAAUUACACCAUAAGUUAACAUUGAGGUAUCCGCUGUACCUGCACAAAUCCAUCCUGAAGAUGCUGUGAUGGUCUUCUUGUGGGAGCCUCAUGUAUUGGUCUGUUGUAAAUUGUGCUGUUUCAUACAUCAUGUUUUUGUCUCAGGAAGUGUAUGUUGGAAACAGAGAAGCUUGGUAAAAUGCAUAAUGUCAUAUGAUUUACUCCUAAAGUACAAGAUAAGAGAAGAGUUGAUACUGGUCUGUGAUCAUUGAUAUCCAUCUGACAGUAAACUUCCCACCCAUGACACCUGCAGAAACCUUUUCUGUGUGCCAUUGAAUUGGUUGUAUUGUCGUAUACCUCAUGCAAUUUUGAAAAUGAAAAAAAAAGAGAAAUUACAUUUAAUGAGAAGAUAUUUUAUAACUGUGGAAUUAUAAAUAAAUAUUUUCGUGUUGAAGUGCUGCAAA